UGCUACCAAGGACUGGAGAUCACGGACUUGGCCAGAUAGUCCGAGGCGAUGAGGUCGACGCUGGUGGUCCAAGUCCGGUCAUGGAAGAAGAAGCAAAGCUCUUUGAUAUCCCAGCUGGUGAGAGACUGGCCUAUAACGACUACACCACCAUCGAUUGGCUCCAGGAUCUCGUAAAGGACUCCUCUCGAUUGCGUGCCAUACAGACGAAGAAAGGUGUCCGGCAUCGAGUGACCAUCUGGUUCGAUCAGGCUUCUGGCUGGAUUGCCGCAGCACUCAUAGGCGUAUUCACAGCCUGUGUAGCUUUCCUCGUGGACAUUGCUGAAGCGUCCGUGAGCGACUGGAAGAUCGGAUACUGUGCGACGAAUAUCCUAGCCACACGAGAGGCAUGUUGUCAGAAAGGGUUCCCGAGUCUCAGUGGGAGCGCCAACACUCUCGGCGAGACCGCAUCGGACUGUAUACAUUUCAAACCUUGGUCGAACAGCUUCGCAUCGUCCUACGCUAUCUAUCUUGCCUUCGCCCUCGUCUUUGGCAUCAUCAGCGCGAGCGUGACACUCCUCACCAAGACAUCUCUCCCUGCCACAGCACCAACAGCCAAAGACAGACUGUCCUCACACGCACCAUUAGCUGGCAAAAUGAUGUACAUGGCUGCGGGCUCUGGCAUCCCCGAGAUCAAAACCAUACUCUCCGGCUUUGUGAUACCAAACUUCCUCUCCUUCCGAGUAUUGGUCGUCAAAGCUAUUGGAGCCGUCUUUGCCGUUGCGACAGGCAUGUGUCUGGGUAAAGAAGGUCCAUUUGUGCACAUCUCCACUUGUGUCGGAUGGUUGGUCGCCAGCCACUUUCACAAGUAUCGGGACAAUGGUCGGAAGAUGAGAGAGAUGCUUUCGGCAGCUUGUGCGGCGGGACUGAGUGUUGCCUUCGGAGCACCGAUUGGCGGUGUAUUGUUCUCGUAUGAGGAGAUCUCGACGUACUUCCCUCGGAAAGUGCUGUGGAGGGCAUUUCUGUGCUCGCUUUGUGCUGCGGUAACACUGAAGGCACUGAACCCAAAUGGUACCGGCAAACUGGUUCUUUUCGAGACCAACUACGGGACAAUGUACAGUCCUGUUCACUAUCUGGUCUUUGUAAUCCUCGGCAUUGCAGGCGGAGUUUUUGGCGGACUCUUUUGCCGUCUCAACUUCAUCUGGUCGAAAUGGUUCCGGGGCUUCGGCAUUAUCAAGAAACAUCCUGUCCUGGAAGUCUUCCUCGUCGUCCUCGUGACAGUCCUCCUUCAAUACCCGAAUCCUAUUGCCCGCGAACCUGGCGACAUUAUCAUCAAGAACCUCCUCGUGGACUGCAGUUCGGAUGCGUCCGCCACCACUUGGAUUUGCGAGCAGGAAACCUCCACCAGCUCUCGGUCCUCAUACUACGCAUGGCUCAUCCACGGCACCUUGACUAAACUCGUACUGACGAUUGUGACCUUCGGCAUAAAGGUACCAUCCGGCGUGAUCAUACCCGCCCUGGACGCAGGCGCCUUCUUUGGUCGCCUAAUAGGUCAGCUCAUCCCAUCGAUUUCGCCCGGCAUCUUCGCUAUGGUCGGUUCUGCCGCCUUCCUCGCUGGCGUCUCAAGGAUGACAAUCAGUCUGUGCGUCAUCAUGUUCGAGCUAACGGGAGAGCUGGAGUAUGUGGUGCCUCACAUGACUGCUAUUUUAGUGGCGAAAUGGGUUGCGGAUGCGAUUGGGAAAGACAGUGUCUAUGAUCUGGCACAGUCGAUCUUGGGACAUCCAUUCUUGGAUGUCGAAUGUGCCAUGGCAAAGGUGCAGAGAUUGCAGGCAACAGUGGAGGAGCUGAUUCCGCCCAGACAGACGAUGGAGGAAAUUACGGUUGUGGUGCCGGAAUCGAAGGAGGUUCCACGAUCGAUGUUGGCGAGGAAGCUGAACCAGCUGAAGGCGAGAGGCUUGAUGGAUGCAGGCCUUGUUCUCGUCGAUGGCGAGCAUCGACUCCUUGGCUAUGUCACGCAGAAUGAGCUAGCCUUCUGUCUCGAUCAGAUGCCAGCAUCAUUCGAAAGCGAAGCACUGGUACGUCUCUUCGGCCAGAGUCAUACUGGCGACCACGGCCUGAGCAUCGCAAAGACCGUCGAGCGUACGCCGUUGACGAUAUCCGCAGCGGCGCCACUCGAGUAUGCUGUCGAGAUGUUCGCAAAGCUCGGGCUGCGACAUCUCGUGAUGUUGGAAGAGGGCUCCGGACGACUCGUGGGAGUCAUCAUCAAGAAGAGACUUGUGGCAUACUUGGACCAGCUCAAGCAUUCUUGA